UACAGUUGACUAACAGGUAAGUCGAGUUUUGUCCUAACACGCUUCCUUGUUCCACCUGCAUUAACAACACCGUAGGUAUUUUAACACAAGACACACAGACUGAUAAGACUUCUCCCGGGAACACUGUGUUCUGAAUGUUAAAACAUACUUUUCUGGGAACCUGUACCACCGAGACCAGAUGUCAGGAAUCACCCGUCCAGAUGAAGGUGUGUGUGUGAGCUGAUGUGGACGUGAAUUCAGCAGAAUGGACCAGUGUGAGGACGGAGAGGAGGGAGUCCCUCCCUCUAAAACCUCUCUGUGUGGGGAACAUGAGAGUCGGAGCAAAGCUCAGAGGAAUCAACCUGGACCUGGACCUGGACCUGGACCUGGACCUGGACCUGGACCUGGACCUGGACCUGAACCCGGACCUGGACCUGGACCUGGACCCAGCUGUGUGUAUUCAAAGAGCGACCAUUCAAGGGGCUGGUUAAUUGAAUUUAAAAGAGAUGAAAAGAAACGUUCUGCUCUAAAGAGGGUUCAUCAGAAAGGAAACUCUCUUGAACAUGAACCCAGCUGUUUGUCCUUGAAGAGUGACAACUCAAAUGAUAGAUUAUUUAACUUUAAAGGAGAUCUACAUUCUUCUUCAGAGAGAGUGGACCAGCAGAUCUCAGAGUCUCACAGUGGUCCGUCUAUCCAGCAGCAUCAGACACAGCUGGACUCCAUCUUUCAGCUGCUGGAGGACAACAUUGUCCUGUUUGUGAAGAACGAGCUGAAGAAGAUCCAGAAGGGUUUGAGUCCAGAUUACCCAGAAUCCCAAGAGCAUGUGAUGCAGGGUGAGGAUGAAGAGCAGAGGAGGAGGUGCAGUGACGCAUUUUUGAAGAUCACAGUAAACUUCCUGAGGAGAAUGAAGCAGGAGGAGCUGGCUAAGCGUCUCCAGAGAAGUUCUUUUGCUGCAGUUUGUAAAAAGCGGUUGAAGUCUAAGCUGAAGAAGAAGUCCCAGUGUGUGUUUGAGGGGAUUAUUAAAGCAGGAAACCCAACCCUUCUGAAGCAGAUCUACACAGAGCUCUACAUCACAGAGGGAGGGACUGGAGUGGUCAACGAUGAACAUGAAGUCAGACAGAUUGAAGCAGCUUCCAGGAAACCAGACAGAGCAGAAAACACCAUCAGACAGGAAGACAUCUUUAAACUCCCACCUGGAAGAGAUGAACCAAUCAGAACAGUGAUGACGAAGGGAGUGGCCGGCAUCGGGAAAACAGUCCUAACACAGAAGUUCACUCUGGACUGGGCUGAAGGCAGGACCAACCAGGACAUCCAGUUCCUGCUUCCAUUCACCUUCAGAGAGCUGAAUGUGCUGAAAGAGAGAAAGUUCAGCUUGGUGCAACUUGUUCAUCACUUCUUCACUGAAACCAGAGAAAUGUGCAGCUUUGAAGAAUUCCAGGUCGUGUUCAUCUUUGACGGUCUGGAUGAGAGUCGACUUCCUCUGGACUUCCACAACAAUGAGGUCCUGACUGAUGUUACAGAGUCCACCUCAGUGGAUGUGCUGCUGACAAACCUCAUCAGGGGGAACCUGCUUCCUUCUGCUCGUCUCUGGAUCACCACACGACCCGCAGCAGCCAAUCAGAUCCCUCCUGAGUGUGUUUCCAUGGUGACGGAGGUCAGAGGGUUCACUGACCCACAGAAGGAGGAAUAUUUCAGGAAGAGGUUCAGAGAAGAGAAGUCCACCAAAAUCCUCUCCCACAUCAAGACAUCACAGAGUCUCCACAUCAUGUGCCACAUCCCAGUCUUCUGCUGGAUCACUGCUACGGUCCUGGAGAAUGUCCUGGAGAACGUCCUGGAGACCAGAGAGGGAGGGGAGCUGCCCAAGACCCUGACUGAGAUGUACAUCCACUUCCUGGUGGUCCAGGCCAAACUGAAGAAGGUCAAGUAUGAUGGAGGAGCUGAGACGGAUCCACACUGGAGUCCAGAGAGCAGGAAGAUGAUCAAAUCUCUGGGAAAACUGGCUUUUGAGCAGCUGCAGAAAGGAAACCUGAUAUUCUAUGAACCAGACCUGAGAGAGUGUGGCAUCGAUGUCAGAGAGGCUUCAGUGUACUCAGGAGUGUUCACCCAGAUCUUUAGAGAGGAGAGCAGCCUGUACCAGGACCAGGUCUUCUGCUUCAUCCAUCUGAGUGUCCAGGAGUUUCUGGCUGCUCUUCAUGUCCAUCAAACCUUCAUCAAGUCUGGAGUCAACCUGCUGGAGGAACAAAGAAACACCUCCAAGUGGUUUAAAAAAAGGGCAGAGACUGACCUCUAUCAGACAGCUAUGGACAAGGCCUUACAGAGUCCAAACGGACACCUGGACUUGUUCGUCCGCUUCCUCCUGGGUCUCAAACUGGAGACCAAUCAGAACCUCCUGCAAGGUCUGCUGGAACCAAAACAAAGAAGAUCACAGAACAAUCAGGAAACAGUUGAAUUCAUCAAGAAGAAGAUCAGCAAGGACCUGUCUGCAGAGAGAAGCAUCAACCUGUUCCACUGUCUGAAUGAACUGAACGAUCGGUCUCUGGUGGAGGAGGUCCAAGAGUCCCUGAGGUCUGGACGUCUCUUCACAGAUGAACUGUCUCCUGCUCAGUGGUCGGUUCUGGGCUUCAUCCUACUGUCAUCAGAAGAUCUGGAGGUGUUUGACCUGAAGAAGUUCUCAGCUUCAGAGGAGGUUCUACGGAGGCUGCUGCCGGUGGUCCAAGCCUCCAAGAAAGUUGUGUUGAGUGACUGUCACCUCUCAGGGAACAUCUGUCCACUUCUGUCCUCAGUUCUCAGCUCUCAGUCCUCCAGUCUGACAGAACUGGACCUGAGUAGCAACCACCUGCAGGAUUCUGGACUGGAGCAGCUGUGUCCUGGACUGGAGAGUCCACACUGUCCCCUGGAGUCUCUCAGGUUGAGUGACUGUAACCUCUCAGAGGACAUCUGUCCACUUCUGUCCUCAGUUCUCAGCUCUCAGUCCUCCAGUCUGACAGAACUGGACCUGAGUAACAACGACCUGCAGGAUUCAGGACUGAAGAAGCUGUGUCCUGGACUGGAGAGUCCACACUGUCACCUGGAGUCUCUCAGGCUUUCAGGCUGUCUGAUCUCAAGGAAAGGCUGUGCUUCUCUGGUCUCAGCUCUGAGGUCCAAACCUUCCCACCUGAGAGAGCUGGACCUGAGCUACAACCAUCCAGGAAAGUCAGCAGGGAAGCUUCUGUCUGGACUGGAGGAUCCCCGCUGGAGGCUGGACACUCUCAGGGUGGAGCCUUCUGGACAACGAUUUCUGACACCAGGUCUGAGGAAGUAUUCCUGUCAACUCACCGUCGACACAAACACAGUCCACAAACGCAUCAAACUGUCUGACAACAACAGGAAGAUGAUGUGUGUGGAGGAGGAUCAGUCAUAUCCUGGUCAUUCAGACAGGUUUAAUUACUAUCCUCAGCUGCUGUGUAGAGAAGUUCUGACGGGUCGCUGUUACUGGGAGGUCCAGUGGAGCGGAGGAGUUUCUGUAUCAGUGAGUUACAGAAGAAUCAGCAGGAAAGAAAUGAAUAGUAACAGUAGGUUUGGAGGGAACAAACAUUCCUGGAGUCUGAACUGUUCUGAUGAUGGUCUGUACUCUGUCUAUCACAAUAACAGUGUAACAUCUCCCUCCUCCUCUUCCUCAGUCUUUGACAGACUAGCAGUGUAUGUGGACGUUCCUGCUGGAACUCUGUCCUUCUACAGCGUCUCCUCUGACAGACUGAUCCACCUCCACACCUUCAACACCACAUUCACUGAACCUCUCUCUCCUGGGUUCAGGUUCAGGUCCGAUCCUGGUUCUUCAGUGUCUCUGUGUUGAGUUCAGUCUCAAGAGUCUCCUCCUGUCAGAGAAACUGUCUCUGUUGGACAGAUACUUGAGUCUGUAAAUGUCUUUCUCUGUUUCCAUCAGAACACCUGAAUCACAUGUUGGUGAAACUGUUCUGAAUGACACACACACACACACACACACACACACACACACACACACACACACACACACACACACACAUGAUCAUAUACAUACACACACACACACAAACACACACACACACACACACACACACACAUAGACAUACACACUGGCUUGUUCACCUGCAUGCUGGCUCUCUAGUUUUUGGGGUUAGGUAGCGGCAGAGACGUUCUAUAAACCGAGACAGCCCACUAAGGUUCGAGUUCCUGUACCUGUGUCACGUGACUGCCACGCCCCUUUAGGAGACCGGAAGUAGGUCCUGAGUCUAUUGAGUCCUAUGGGAAAAGUGAACGUGAGCACAGAUUAUUACCAAUUCCUUCGCCCCAUAGUAACCUAAGUAAAUAUGGGACCCAUUUUCCAAAAGCCACAAACCUCCUUAACAUUCUGACACCAAAAUGGCAAUUUUCAGACCGACAGAUUAGGAGAAAAUGAACUUUGUUUGAGACCUGUCUCUGUCUGAGCAACACACUCUCGCGAGAUUUGGCUCUCAUCGUUUUCCCAUCGAUAAAAUUAAGUUUAAAACUAAAAUAAAACUUGCUUCUUUGCUAAAUAAUACUGUUAUUUUUAUUAUUUAAGUACUUUUGGAAGAAAGUUGUACUGUAUCUAGUGUUGUAUGUUCCAAAACGAUGUGGGGAGACGGGCGGCCACGCCCACUUAGGAGACUGGCAGUGUAUACCAUUCCAUACCAUUGGCAGUAACGGCAAUGUGCUAUCUUGUGUAUAGAGGAUCUUUGGUAGCGGUAGCGGUAGCUUAGCUCAGACUGCGAUCAGAUCUCAAGAUUUAGGUCGAUUGCUGUUGUUGUUUUGGUUGGCUCCGUGCCGGUUUCGUGUUCUGUUUGUGGUUUUUUGUUGCAGAUUUCCAGUGUGUGUGUUUCCGUGUGUUCCUGCUUCCUGGAUUGGCAGUGGAUGUUGUCACCCCCCCCCCCCCCAAAAAAAAGAAAAAAAAAA